AUGGCAUCUCAUGUUGUCGUUAUUGCCACCGACUUGCGCCGGGCGACCAUCAAAGUCACCCCCGGCACAUACCUCUCCGAUGUCCUCGACCAAGCUUGCCAGAAGCUCAACCUCUCCAGUGACAAAUACCUCGUCAAGCACAAACAGAAACAAGUCGAUCUCUCUGUCCCCUUCCGAACAUCUGGCCUUACCGGCGGCGCCAAGCUUGAGCUUGUUCUGCGCUCCAAAACCCCAUCCGCAGUGCAAAUCGCCCUCCAAAUACCCCAACCGGAAGCGAAAGAGAUUCCUGGCGGCCGCUUAAUCAAGAAAUUUCCCUCAGACCUAACGCUAUGGAAAGUCAUGCGCCAGUUUGAAAGUGGCGAGGCGAACGCAGGCAAGAAUAUCAACAUUACAGCGAGGGGGUAUGCGAGCACCACGAGUGGGAGCGGCCAGUUGUAUUACGAGACGCCGGUGUUGAAUAUUAUGGGGAGGGAGUUUUCUGGCUUUCAAGAGUUUCAGAAGACGUUGGCGCAACUGGGUCAUAAUUCGGGGAAUGUGUUGAUUCGGUUGGGGUAUAAGAGGACGGAGAAGACGCUCUUCGAGGCCAUGCAGGAGAUUAGUAUGUAUUUUAAAGAUGGGGACGAGGAGAAGGAGGCUGAGAAGAAAGCCGACGAAGCGAAGCAUGAGCCAGAGAAGGAGGAUCAACGACCUGAAGACACGGUUAUGACGGAUGGGGUCCCAGAAGCAGCGGGGAUGCAACAAAACUCAACAUCGUCACAAACUCCCGCAGCAGUGCAACUGGCGGAGGAAGAAGCUCCCCAAGAGAGUGCAAAUAUUUCUUCACCGCUACCACAGGAUCCGUAUCAGCCCGUCAACGUCUUUCUUGCACCAACAGGGUCUACGCCCGCAGCAGCAUUGGUACCAGCUUCGGAAACGGACUUCACUCCUACUGUUGCCCAUGCUCAAUUACACCAGGCUCGACUCCUGGAAAGCUCCCGGAACAAACGGCUGCUCUCAGACAAGGAACUGGAAGAGAAAGCUGCCGCAGAGGAAGCGCGCAUUGCGAGUAUCAAGUUCGUCCUCGUCAAGGUCCGAUUUCCAGAUAACACAAGCAGCGAGUGGCAGGUCAGUCCCAGCGAGACGGGGGCUUUUUUGUACGAAGCCGUACGGCAUGUCAUGGCAGAUGCUUCUCAAAAGUUUCACUUGGUACUCCCUGGUGGCAAGGAUAUUAUCAAAGAUAACAGCGGGCCAGGCCAUAACCUCGUCAAGGCGUAUAAGCUGUCAGGCCGCGUCUUGGUCAACCUGGUGUGGGAAGACAGCGUACCAGCGGCAGUCAGAAAGCAGCCCUUCCUCAAAGCUAAUGUAGCGCAGCAAGGUCAGGCUGUCAAGGUACCUGAUUUGCCGACGGUGGAUGAUGAGCCUGUGGCGGGCCCGUCGAAGGGCGAGGUGAAGGAGGAGAAGAAGGAGAAGAGUGACGGGAUUAAGAAGAUACCAAAGUGGUUGAAGCUGGGGAAGAAAUGA